UAGUCCGUAGACACUCCCCUCCCCGUUCCACCCCUGUCCUGCCUUGUCCUCAUGUUGGGCGCAUCCUAAUGGCCAGUUUCCCACCUGGCGACCAUCUCCUCCACGCGUUCUGUUAUUUAAAGAGCACCAUACACGCUGAAACCUGCACUCUGUCAGAGAGGCGUUACUCAUAGUAGCCCUCUUUUGUUAAUUGCCAGACUACAUUGGAAGUGUAGAAUAAUUUUGCAAUAAGUUCAAAUCCACCAAAGACCACCAUGGAAAAAGCUCGUAGCAACAUGACAGAGUUUUGGAAAGAGCACUCCAAGGCCGCCACAGUGGAGGAGAUGAUGCUGGACUCUCGUGCCAGGGAGCUGACCCAACAUGAGCUGCCCGAGAUCCUGUCCGUACUGCCCAGCCUGGCUGGAUCCAGAGUGCUGGAACUGGGAGCUGGCAUCGGUCGUUUCACCAGCCACCUGCUGACCAAGGCUGGCCAUGUGACUGCUGUGGACUUCAUGGAAAGCUUUGUGGAGAGAAACAGACAGGACAAUGGUCACCAUAGCAACGCUACCUUCAUCCAAGCUGACGUCACGAAGCUGGAUAUCCCCCAAAACAGCAUUGACUUUGUCUUUUCCAACUGGCUGCUGAUGUACCUGAGCGACACAGAGCUGAAGUCGUUUAUAGAGAAGACGCUGAGCUGGCUGCGGCCCGGUGGCUUCUUUUUCUUCAGAGAGUCCUGCAACCACCGGUCAGGUGACUCCAAGAGGGACUUUAACCCCACUUGCUACCGCACUGAGGCACAAUACAGCCACCUGGUAUCAUCACUACAAGUGGAGGUGCCAGAGGGGGGCCAAAAGUUUGGUUUUGACAUUGUGUUGAAAAAGAAAGUUCAGGCCUAUGUUGAGAUGAAAAAUAAUCAGAAUCAGAUCUGCUGGCUUCUGGAGAAGGUUCCCCGCUCCUCAAGUAUCCAGGACGGAUUCAAGACCUUUCAGCAGUUCCUGGACAACCAGCAGUACACCAACCGCGGCAUCCUGCGCUACGAGAAGAUGUUCGGGGCUGGUUAUGUCAGCACAGGGGGGCCCAGCACCACAAAGGAGUUUGUGGACCUGUUGAACCUGAAGCCCGGACAGAAGGUUCUAGAUGUUGGCUGUGGCAUUGGUGGAGGGGACUUUUACAUGGCAAAGACCUUUGGAGUGGAGGUGCUUGGCCUGGAUUUGUCAAACAACAUGGUGGACAUCGCCAUGGAGAGGGCGAUCACUGAGAAGCUGCCAUCAGUCCAGUUUGAGGUGGCUGAUGCCACAAAGAGGUCGUUCCCAGAAGGUUCCUUUGAUGUGAUCUACAGCAGAGACACAAUCCUGCACAUAGAUGACAAACUGGCCCUCUUCAAACGCCUCCAUUCAUGGUUAAAGCCAGGUGGAAAGUUGCUCAUCAGUGAUUACUGCUGCGGGGAGAAGCCCUGGACACCGGUGUUUGAGGCCUACGUCAAACAGAGAGGCUAUGUCCUCUAUACACCCUCACAGUAUGGCAAGUUCCUCCAGGAAGCUGGUUUCUGCAAUGUUUGCUCAGAAGACCGGACAGCCCAGUUUAUCCAGGUGAUAAAGACAGAACUCCAGAGAGCUGAAGUCAUCAAGGAUGAAUUCAUUCAGGAAUUCUCUGAAGAGGACUAUUUUGCAAUAGUAAAUGGAUGGAGUGAAAAACUGGAACGUUCCAACAGUGGAGAUCAACGAUGGGGACUCUUUUAUGCGACAAGGGAUUGAGUGAUUGCACUAAGAAUUGAGAAGACAAUAAAAUAAAAG